UAUUUUUGUGUGUAUACAACAUGAAUAUGCCUUUAAAGUCAAAGCUCUUCACGGAAGUAUUCCCACAGAACCAAGUACUACUUCCCCAGCUCCCAGGCCCAUCUUUUUUGCUUGUGGUAUUGGGAAUCAAACUCAGGACCUUGUGCUUGGCAGACGGCUCUGUGCCACUAAGCUGUAUCCCCAGCCCUCAGGCCCUUCUUUCAUUCCCACCAACCCCUUGUAGACAGUUGUGCCUUAGCUCUUGGUACACUCCCAGUAAAGUAAGCAACAUUGUAUCUUUAUAGACAGUACUUAAAACCCUAAGACUAAGGGGUAAGGUUAGAUGAAGAAGAGGACUGUGUUAUUUUUUUCAUUACUAUCAUGAAAUACCUGAAGCAAGCUUGCUUUGUAAAGAAAAGAGGUUUACUUGGCACAUUCUUCUGACAGCUAAAAGUCUGGACAGCAUGACCCAGACUCUUUCGAGGACCCCACAGGCUGCAUCACCUCAAGGUGGAUGGCAGAGGUGGGAGCACAUGUGAAACAGGGAGCCAGGGAGAUUGAAGGGGUAGCUCGUCCUUUCAACUGCUCGCUUGGAGAAAGCUCCACCUAUCCAGUGACCUGAGGAUCUCCCAUCAGGCCUGGUGUCUUGAAGAUGCCACCACCACUCGACACUGCCACCCUGGGGAUCACACUCCCACUGUAGCCAGGUGGCAGCCAGGACUGUUGGCUCAGCCUGGGUCAGUCAGGCAUAAUGAAAGAACCUGCAAAAAAGAGAAGGAGCGAGCAGUGAAAGUCAUGGAAGAAGGUAACUGAGAGAAGGGAGUUUCCGGCAAACUAGCUCACCGUGCAGUGCAGCAGCAUGGCAGUGCCGGUGACAGCCGCUGGGUGAAAUGCUGGCAAAAGGGCACCAAGGAGAGAAAGGGAGGAGAGGAACUGAAGGCCGCAGACACAGGCAGCGUAAGGAGGACUUGUAUUGUCAUGAGAAGCACAGAUUCAGGAGCUAGCAAUGGGAAAGUGGAGUUCUUAGAAGAUGGUGGUUGUUUCAAAUAGGAAAAUGUAGGCGUGAUCUAGUAGAGAGAAGUGCCGGGCAGAUGUAUUCGUGAGAGCGGGGUGGCCUGUGGGGUCUGCCUUGAGUGGAGCAUUUUCAUCUCCUCUGUGGCAGAGAGCCUGUAGCUGCAGAUGCUGACAGGCAGGUGGCUCCAGGCAGAGGAGCAGGGUGACGCUGAUUGCUGAGGAAGAUCAUCAGCUGAGAGUGAGGAUGGGAGCUGCUGGUGUCUUUGGGGAGUCAUCUGUUGAGAAGAGUAGAUGAAUGGAUGGGUGAACAUUACCAGUCCAGUCCUCCUUAGUAUUGCAUAUAUCACAGAACAGCAUAAUUGCCAGUAUCCAGAAACGAUUCUAUCUGUUAUCAAAUGUAUAAUUUAUAACUUUCGGACACCAAAGGAAACUAAUAAAUUGACCAUAACCAUCAGUCCGUACAAGGAGACUGUGUGCUUCACUCUGAAGCCUAUCAAGAAGACAAUUGUCUAUACUAUAAGUGUGAAUCGAAACAUUGUGGAUUUCAAACUCUUCCUUGUGUUUGUGGCAGGCGUUGUCCUUUACUUUUAUGCAAAGACCUUGAGCCAAAGUGCCGUUUUCUAUUACUCCUCAGGGACUGUGCUAGGUGUUGUGAUGACAUCAGUCUUUGUCCUGCUGUUGGCGAAAAGAUACAUCCCAAAGUAUAGCACCUUUUGGGCUUUAAUGGUUGGUUGUUGGUUUGCUUCAGUUUAUGGUAUAUACCAGUUGAUGGAAGAGCUGAAGUGGCUGUGGUACAGAAACGGAAUGUAUAUAUUAGGCUAUGUCCUGGUCGUCGGGUUUUUAAGCUUUGCAAUCUGUUACAAGCACGGGCCCCUCAAGAACGCCAGGAGCAAGAUGCUGCUGCUGUGGACGCUGCGGCUGCUCUCCCUACUCCUGAUCUACGUGGGCAUGGCCGUGCCGCAGCUCGCCUACACCGUGAUGCUCCUGCUUGUGUGCUCCCCAGGUCUGCCCUACAUCUGGAAAACACUGAGUUACUUCAGGCGGACAGUGAAGCAGUGGUUCGAGCGGAAGUGGCCAACAGUGAAAUGCCUCACCGAGGACGAGUACAGGGAGCAGGCCGAGGUGGAAACAGCCCGGGGCCUGGAGGACCUGCGCCAGGCCUGCCGCCAGCCCAACUUCCCAACCUGGCUGGCUGUCUCCAGGCUGCAGGACCCUAAAAAAUUUGCAGACUUUGUCCUCGGAUCAAGCCACUUGUCACCGAAGGAAGUGAGUCUGCAUGAAGCCCAGUACGGGCUUGGAGGCGCCUUCCUGGAAGAGCAGCUCUUUACCCCGCAGCCCGACGGUGUCCCUGCGAGUUGACCGAAUGCUGGACAAGGACGUGGGCACUGAUAGAACUGGGCAGAACUGUUCUGAUGGCGGCCAUGGAGAAGAAUAAGCCGUACUUGAAAGCAAAGCAGCCUAGACUGUGAAGAAGUUAGUGUGCGUGGCAAGUUCGGCUGCCCGCUGUCCUGGACGUGGCCACCAAGCUUCUGUGACCUCACUGACACCUGUCCUGAGUGAGGGCUUCCAUUGGGAACAAGGAAGUCACAUUGCUCCUCAAGGGACAGUAGAGGUGACAGGUGCCUUGUCACCAGCGGGUACUAAUCCUGUCUUAAUCCCUGAACCUGUCUCACAAGACUGCGUUCCUCCCCUGCAUUUCGUCAGUGUCCGCGCUGGGAGAGCGCGGGGACAGGCGGCCUCUGUUCUGUACACAGUACUGGCGUGGUCAGUGGAGACUGGUGCUCAGAGCUGUGACACCCGUGUGCGCCGUGGCUCUCCUCAAAGGGAAAGAGCGUGCACGGUGGCUGACCGAAUUUGACUAUAGAACCCUUUUCUAUGGAGUUAACAUUCCUUGGGACACAUGAUUGGAAAAUGCUACUUGAUGGUAGAAUUGCAGUGUGGGGACAGUAAACAGCUUGUGCAAGGGUACAGAGGCAGCCCUGGAGAACCCAGGUCCUGGGGCGCCCCCUCACCCUGCACGAAGUAGCCUUCAGACCCACGCUGGGGACCAGCCCUGCCGCCUGGGCACACGGUGCUGGCUUCCUUUUUUUAAUUCUUCCAGAGUGGCCAUCUGGCUAUUUAAUAACUGAUGAAGAGAAACAUUUCUUAAGAUUGUAUUUUACAGUUUUGAAAGGACUUCUGUAUACAUUCAUAAGGCCCAGAAGUUACAAUUAUUUUUUACACAUUGAAAUGGAAGGCAUUUGAACUUUAGUGACAUCUAGAGUCAUUUUUAAAAAAUUGUUUUGCUAUCUAUGUUUGUAAUGGUGUCCUACAAAACAGACGUGUGAUAUUUUUGACACAAUUUAAUUCAUGAUGUUAAACUUGAGCGUGAAAUAAGGCCUGCGUGCUGACCCAGAGGCCAAAACAGUCCGGGGUUUGGAUGCAGCAGAAUGAUCUGUGGGCAGAGAUGCUGCUGAAUUGAUUCUCCGAGAAUCCCCCUCAGGCAUUUCCCUGAUGGGGAAGUGAAGGAUGAGUUUCUCUUAUUAAGAGACGAAUCAUGGGGGAGGGACCUACAGGGAAUUUUGUCACUUGAUUUCCUGAGCCAGGUUUAGUAGAGCCCUCUUACCUUGUUACAGUGUCACUGCUCAGAACUUGCCAGAUUGAUUUUCAAAUGUUGUUUCUUCUUUGAAGCAGAGCAUCAGUUUUUAUAGGUCAGCUUUUGCAAGAGAUCUUUUAAUACUGGAAGCCUUGCUGCUUUUUUGUAAACCUCAUUAAAUUCACUUUGUGCCUUUGCAUAGACUGAUUUUAAGCGAUCAGCAUAUCUUCCAUUCACUUUUAUGACAGCUAUUUUAUAGGCACAAACAGAAGUUUUGUGCUAUUUUCAUUAGUCGAACCUGAUUUUAUUUUUUAUAUUUAUCGGUGAUGUUAGCAUAUGAGAUACAGCAAUGCCGGUGCUUAUCCAGCUGCCUCCUGACAGGAGCCUGUGUCCACACUGUGGGUGUCACGUGAGCAUCUGCAGGGAAGGGCAGCUCCUGGGCCCCAGUCCGCCUGGCCACCACACUAACAGCUCACACAAGAGCAAACACAGCCUUCUGGGAUAUCGUUUUUUAUGUGUCUUUUUCAAUUUCAUGAAUUUGCAUGAGUACCACGAGAAGCUAUACAAUUAAAGGCUUUCCUGAUA